AUGGACAGACCUGUGAGGUCAAGAUUGGCCUCCCUCAGUGACUUUCAGUUCGGGGCUGUGGCCACAGAGACGAUAGAAGACGCUCUGCUCCACCUGGCGCAGCAGAAUGAGCAAGCCGUGCAGGAGGCUGCCGGCCGGAUGGGCAGCUUCAGGGAGACCCGGAUCGUGGAGUUUGUUUUUCUCCUGUCUGAACAAUGGUGUCUGGAGAAAUCCGUGAGCUACCAGGCUGUAGAAAUCCUAGAAAGGUUUAUGGUUAAGCAGGCAGAGAAUAUGAACAGGCAAGCCACGAUCCAGCUGAGAGAGAAGAAGGAGGCUCAGAAUUGGAAAGCUCUGAAAGAGCAGCUUUUCAACAAGUUUAUCCUGCGUCUUGUGUCAUGUGUUCAACUGGCAAGCAAACUUUCCUUCCACUACAAAAUUAUCAGCAACGUUACAGUCCUGAAUUUCCUCCAGUCUCUAGGGUAUGUGCACACUAAAGAAGAACUGCUGGAGUCAGAGCUUGAUGUUUUGAAGUCCCUGAACUUCCAAAUCAAUCUGCCCACUCCCCUGGCAUAUGUGGAGAUGCUUCUGGAGGUUUUAGGAUACAAUGGCUGCUUGGUCCCGGCCACACAGCUGCACGCAACCUGCCUGACCCUGCUCGACCUUGUCUAUCUCCUGCACGAACCCAUAUACGGGAGCCUGCUGAGGGCUUCGAUUGAAAACUCCGUACCCAGUCAGCUGCAAGGGGAAAAGUUUGUUUCAGUGAAGGAAGACUUCAUGCUGUUGGCAGUAGGAAUCAUUGCAGCGAGUGCUUUCAUCCAAAACCACAAGUGUUGGAGCCAGGUUGUGGGGCAUUUGCAGAGCAUCACUGGCAUUGCCUUGGAAAGCAUUGCUGAGUUCUCUUAUGCAAUCCUGACUCACAGCGUGGGAGCCAACACUCCGGGGCCACAGCAGCCUGUUCCCCCCCACCUGGAGGCCAGAGCCCUGAGGGCCACCGCCUCUUCCAACACAUGAGGCGCACUCAAGGCACGGAGUAGAAGCAGUCUUCUGUCAUGGCGCUCAGCCCUCCUUUUGUUUACUCUCAGACUUGGGACAAAAGUUCCGAGUAUCUUUUGAACUAAGUUUUGUAUUCCAACUCCAUGCUCCUUUUUCUGCGUCAGAGAAAGAGUUAAAGUUGACAAGCAUGUCCUUUUUGCCGCAUCAGACUGAAAAUGUCAAGGAGCUGGGAGGAGACAGAACAUUAGUGAAGUUGGUUCGUUUUUGUUUAACAAGAUAUUUAUAGCUUUUCCUUAACUGUUCAUUUCAUUGAGAGAGAACACCAGACAUGGAAAUUAGUAUUAACCAGGGGCCUGAAAACUGGGACUGUUUGGGUGACCUUGACUGAGCAUCAAGGAGGCAGCCUUUAUCUCCCCUUAAAGUUAGCUUAACAUCUCUGUUCUGUCUUUGAGAUGUACACAAACGGGGCUUCCUCUACAGCUGACUAUUUCCACGAGUCUUUUUUAAAACUAACACUAAUCCAUCUCUAAACAUGUUUCGACAGGAUUUCCACAUACUUGCACUUGAACUCAAUACUCCCAGAAUAUAAAGUACUCUAUCUUAGUCAACAAAAAACCCAACAGCGCACCUCUGGGCAGUUAUCAGACUGCAGUAAAUCUUUUAUUACAAAUAAUUAAAUCUUUCCAUAAUGUCUCAGACAAUAUCAAACACCAUUUCAUAUUUCUAACAGAGAGCAGAAUAGGCAGUCAGCACGAGAACUGAGAAAAGACAAGUGUUAAAUUUCAAGCUUCCAAUCACACCACCUGGUGACCAAAGCUUAUGUGUCACUUUCUCACGUUAUCCAACUGUACGUCUCACACACCUCGUUGUCUCAGUGGAGACAGAAGUUUCUAGUUCAUGGGGCGCCUGUGUGGCUUAGUUAAGCAUCUGCGUCCGGCUCAGGUCAUGAUCCCGGGG